CUUGUUCAACUCAUUUUCUUCGCAGUUAAUGCAUCAUUUUUCUCAUUUACAACUACUACGAUUAUCAAAAAUGACGAGCCAAGUAGCGGAAAACUUCACAAAAUACUUCGAAAACUGGAUGAUUCAACUUGAAGAGUUACUGAAACAACUCGUUAUUGUACCCAGGGAAACGUCAUACGUCAAUGAUCACGAGUUAUUGGUGAGUAAAAUGACGACACAUCACAAGAACUACUACACAGCCAAAUGGGCGGCAGCUCAUGAAGACAUCUUAGCAUUUUUCACUCCAAUGUGGCUUAGUCCUUUAGAAAUUGUCUACUCAUGGAUCACAGGGUGGAAGCCUUCCAUGGCGUUUCGAUUAGUCAGUGGCGGUGGAGGAGCGUUUUCGGAUGAGGAAUUGAAGAAUAUUGAUGGUUUGAGGGUGAAAAUUAGGGGAGAGGAAGAGAAAGUGGAGAGGGAAAUGGAGAGGCAACAGGUUGCAAUUGGGGAUAGAAAAAUGGUGGAAUUAGCAAGGAUUAAAAAUGAGAAUGAUGAGUUGGUAGAAUUGGCGUUGAAAGGGUUAAGGAUGAGUUUAGAAAGGGUUAUGAAAAUGGCAGAUUGUGUGAGGCUUAAAACAUUGAAAGGUUUGUUGGAGAUAUUGAGUCCUUUACAGAGUGUUGAUUUCUUGGCUGCUAUUUCUACUAUUCAAAUUCAGAUGAGGAAAAGGGGAAGAAAAAGAAUAAAUGUUGAUUAGCUAGUCUCCAGAUUUUGUUAUUGUGUCAAUUUCCUUUUAUUGGAAGGGCUUUUUAAUUAGCUUGCUUUGAGUAGACUCUUUUAUCUUAUAUUUUGGGAGCAAAUGAAUCAACACUCUGAAGAUAACAAUUCUCUA